AUGGCAUUGGCCGAAUUGUGUGGAGUGAAGGACAUGAGUUCCGCGUUCACUUCGAUGAAUUUGUUUGGCCGUGAUCGGUGUGACGAGUCAGACGCCUUGGAAGAUUUGAAAUUGCAUUCCAAGCAGCUGGAAGGAGAGCUGAACUUUCUUCGGACCCCAUUGAUGAGUCUGCCGGGGACUGCGUAUACCAAAGAGUUGGGGCCCGAUGGAAUGGGCAGACCCAUGAAGAUGCAUUUUGAUCAUGGCACGACCACUCUGGCUUUCCUCUACCAAGGAGGCGUUGUCAUAGCUGUGGACUCAAGAGCAACUGGCGGAAGUUACAUUGGAUCACAGGUUGUCGAGAAGAUUCUGCCCAUCAAUAAGUACAUUGUCGGUACGAUGGCGGGUGGAGCAGCAGACUGCAUGUACUGGGAACGUUUGUUGAGCAAAGAAUGCAGGAUGUACGAGUUGCGGAACAGGGAGCGGAUUUCCGUCGCCGCCGCCUCCAAAGUCCUCUCCAACCUGAUUUGGAACUAUCGUGGACAACUCUCGAUGGGUGUCUUCGUCGCGGGCUGGGAUAAAACGGGCCCAGCCUUGUACUAUGUGGACAGUGAAGGCCAGAGGACAUCCGGAAAAGUGAUGUCCUGCGGCAGUGGAUCCAUCUUUGCUUAUGGUGUCUUGGAUCGUGGAUAUCGUUGGGACUUGGCCGACGAAGAAGCCCAAGCCCUCGGCAGGAAGGCCAUUUAUCACGCCACAGUCCGUGAUGCCGCUUCUGGUGGUCUCGUCAGAGGUGUCUGCGUGUGUGAUGAACAGGUGUCUUGUGAUGUUCGCGAAACGGAAUACAGAAAAAAAGAACAUGUGAUUGAUAUCGUGCCUGUGUUGAAUUUCGGUGUCGCUGAUGUUCAUGAUUUUGUCGCGAAUACGUUCCUGAUUCUCACGGACGAAAUCCGUACCCCAUAG